GCGCGCCGCCCCCCCUCAGGCGGGGCCAUGGCGGGCAGCGCGGCCAUGGCCGAGAGCGAACCCGCGGUCGAGAGAGAACCCGCGGCCGAGAGCGGCGCCUGGCUGCUGGUGCUCAGCGCCGUGUUCCUCUGCAACGCGCUCAAGAUCCUCCUGCCCUCCUGCUCCUCCCUGAUAUCCAGGCUGUUACAGAAGGAUGCAGAGCAGGAAUCCCAGAUGAGAGCUGAGAUCCAGACCAUGAAGCAGGAGCUUGCCACCAUCAGUAUGAUGGAUGAGUUUGCCAGAUAUGCCCGGCUGGAGAGGAAGAUUAACAAAAUGACUGACAAGCUCAAAACCCACGUGAAGGCACGAACAGCACAAUUAGCCAAAAUAAAGUGGGUCAUAAAUAUUGUAUUCUACAUAUUGCAGGCUGCCCUGAUGAUCUCUCUGAUCUGGAAGUACUACUCUGAGCCUGUCACCGUGCUUCCAAGCAAAUGGCUGGCUCCCCUGGAGCGCCUGGUGGCCUUCCCUACAGGAGUGGCAGGAGGUGUGGGAAUUACCUGCUGGCUCGUGGUCUGCAAUAAAGUUGUAGCUAUCAUGCUGCACCCCUUCAGCUGAAAGAAUCCCAGCAAUCCAUGGACUCCCCAGCUGCAUUUACAUAAUCACUGCUUUAAAUCAAUUAAAACAAAAAGGGACAGUUAUCUUUCAUGAGACAAGGUCUGAGAAAAUCCUUGUUAUUCCGUUUGGAUAUCUGUCAGUCCUUUUGAUUUUGCUUCCCAGAGUUUGUCUUUCAUUUUGGAAAAAGCAGCAUUACUGGUUGUAAAACCUCAAGUUGGGUUUAGGCAUGGCAGAACCAUAAGGUUUUGUCAUGGCCUUUUGUCACCAACAUCUAAAAGUUGUGGUUUUAAAUUGGAAAUGUGCUGGCUUUAGGAAUUAAUUUGGGAGCUUGGCUGGUUUUUUGCUGUAAAAUGUGGUAGCUUCACCCCAAGGUGGGACCAUGUUGGGUGGUGCAGAGGGCAGAGGGAGGUUGUUUGCUUGGCUUGGGGCAAAAGAGAGUUUAUUUGGGGUUUUUUACCUUAAAGUUAGAAUAUUCUUGAGCUCUCCUAAAAAAAAUAGCUGAGUUUAAUGAAGAUUUUAUCUCUUAGGAGGUUUCUUCAGCUGCCAAGCACAGGAUGCUGUCAGUGAAGCAGAGGACAGUGCUGUUCCUGCAGAGGGGAUGCUGAUUUAGCUUCCCACUCUGGAAUUCCCAGAGGAAUGAUCUCUUCUGCUAUUCCAGAGCCUUUUCCUCCCUGCAGGAAGGAAGGGACCAGGACCCCUCCAAAAUUGGUGAUAAAAUUGCCUUUAAAAACCAAUUCAAUAGGUCAGGUUAUGUUGUGUGUAUAUAUAUAUAUGAAUUAAUUUUUUUAAUGUUAAUUUAAAAAUUGGGAUUUUAUAUUAGGAAUUGCAUUUAGCCAACAUGAAAAUAAAUAUCAAGGAAAAAAUGCUGUGAUUGAAUGUUAUGUAUAAUUGUGAUUUUAUUAAGGAAAUAAAGCUUUUCAACUCA